ACAACACUGCAAAAUUUAUUAGUUUGUUUUAAGAAUUUGUGGUUGCAUACAGCGUGCAUUUUGCAAUAAUAAAUAUGGAAAACGAUAGGAAAGAAAGCAAAGUGUGCCUUGAUCAAAUUGAAAAAAUAAUGCAAGAAUUGGAUACCACCACUACAGAAUCCAAUUCAUCAACUCCACCCGCCUUGGAUGUGCCACACAGACCAAUACUUCUGCCACCUGAAAUCAAAGAAGAACCCAAAGAAAAGGACACAGAAAUGAUAUCUCAGCAAGAAGAUGUUUGUAACAAUAAUGAAUUGGUUGCAGUUCCAACUCACAUUUCUGAAAACCCGAAAUCUUUAUCAAGUACUCAAGAUCAAAACACACAACAUACAAUGCAAAUAAAGAAAGAAAGGGUUGAAGACAGUAAUGAAGUGUCAGUUGAACCACCUAAAACAGAUAAAGACAUAACAAGUAGUGAAAAAAUUCAAACACCAGUGGAGGAACGAAUAAUACGAAUCAAACCUGAGCCGAUAGAUGCACCUUCACUGGCAACAGAAGAAAUUUCACGGCAAAAAACACAACCAAACCCAGAUGCUGCGCCAGAAAAUGCAACAUAUAACAGAGAAGGAGAAGUACCAACUGAAACAAAUAUGGAUGAUUCAACUGCACCCAACAGUCCAAAUGGUGUGCCUGAAGCAGAUGGAGCAUUGCCCGAUAAUUUCUUCGAUGACUUAAUUAAAGAUGCUGAUAAUAUCACAGCAGCGGCUUUAGAGUGCAGCGAACCAAAUACACUUGAAAAAGAAUCCACAGAAAUGUUAGUUAAUGUAAAAAACGAACCUGUUGAUACUACAACUAUUCCAGAAGCAACAACAACGGAGACUUUAGAGUCCACCAAACAUACCGCCGAACAAAAUAUUGCUCCUCCAGAACUUCUUAAUGUAAAAAGUGAACCUGUUGGUACAACAGCUGUUUCAGAAACCACAACAUCCGCACCGAUACCAGAAAACUUUUUUGACGAUUUAUUAGUUGACCAUGUUGCCGAACGUAUAGACGACGUAGUCAAUCAUGGUCUUGAAAUAAAAUAUUCCGAACGUCUUAAGGAGCUAGAACUAUUGGAAGCUAAAGAGCAGAGCUCACAUAAGGCCCAUAAAAAAAAUAAAAAGAAGAAAAAGAAAUCACACAAACGUACGCACAGUGAAGCAAAUGAAGACGAAAAGGCGCUUGAUGUCAACGUAAACAAGCGUAGCAAGCACACAUCCCAUAGCCCUAGUAUGCCACAAGCAGCGUGCAUACGCGUUAAAAGCGAAUUCACUGCUGGUGAAGAGAGUACGCUGCCCGGAGGAACACUUUUCUCUAACCAUAUGAGACCUGACACAUUUAAUUUAGAUUCAGUUGAGCCGGAAACUAGCGCUGCAGCCGCUAGACGUAUGAUACGUGUUAAAUCCGAGUUUGUAACAAACCUACCUGCUGCGGAAGAAUCAGAUGACUGCUUACCAGUACGAGAGACUGAGCAUUUUCAACGACGUAGCAACGUCAAUAGAAAUGGUCUAAUUAUGGACAGUACGGCACCGUUAGGUUUCAAGCGCAUUAAAAUGGAAAGUGAUUCGGAAGAAUCAGAAGCAGAAGAGUCUAUUUUACCAAAAGAUAAAAUGGAAAAUUCAAAACAACGAGCAAUAUUAGCUAUAGAGGAAUUUAACAAGGCAAGCAAAAAUCGUAAAGACCCGUCUUUUAUCUAUACGACAACUGUGCGUAAACUACCCAAUAGUAGUUCCUAUAUCAGACAGCAAAUAUACGAUAAUCGUUCACCAUUGCACAACGUUAACAAUGUUCUCUAUAAGUUCAACUCCUACGCUAAUCACUUUAAUCUACAGGAGUGGGGCAUAGAAGCACUGCCACCAAAAGCAAGUGAAGUAGCAAAAAUAUUAGGUUUUGAUAUACAUGCUUUGGACAAGAAAAAGAAAAUAUUUACAUUUCCACCAGAAAUUAAACGAGAAGCAAUACAACAGACUGAAAAGCAAUUGAUUGACCCCCACGCGUCAUUUCUCAGAUCUGAGUCCACGCAAACCGACGACGUCAGCGGACAUGAUAAAGCCGUACAAACUAUACCGCAAGGCAAUAAUAUCGGUACACAAACAACAGCUAUGUCUGCCGCAGGUAGUAGUAAAUACGGUGAUCUGCCCCUAAUGCGGCAAAUAAGCACGUUCAAUGAAAAUCAACUAAUGGCUUUAAGUGAUUUUGCCGAUUUGAUACGUGAACCGGCGCUAGCGGCCGACUCAACAGAAUUGUAUCGUCUGCAUCAUCGUUUGAUAGAUAUCUAUAAGUACUCACAAUUACCAUCUGAAUUCGGACAAAGUACUCAGCAUUCAAACAAAUAUAAUAUGCAUGAUCCACGUCAAAAAAGAAUGAACUCGUUAGCGGAGUCGCUACCACCGCCAGCACCAAGGAUGUUGGCGAGGCAUGAAACUCAACCGCAAUCAUGGCCACACACAGUUGUACGACCACAUGCAGUUGUUCAGCCACCUUAUCAUCGUCCACUAGCACCGUUGCCACCGCAGACGACGGUGCCGAUACGUCAACGACUAGAACGUACAGCAGAUAUGGCAUAUACUAUUCCCGUUAUCGCAAAUGUGAUGUCGAUUCAUCAUAAUGGCUCACCUCCGAGGGAUCCACGACAGAACACUUUCGGCGGUGGUGCCAUGCGACGGUAAUGCUAAGUUGCGUUACAAAUCGUACAAUUCAUAGCUUAACAAGCCUCUACUUAUAAGAUAAAUAGUUUUUACGCUGACAAUAUCGCAACGUUAAAAAUUUGAUUAUUUACUUUUAAGUUUAGCCUAGUCAUUAGUGGCCAUCCACAUACCACUUUCCUCGGUUUACUUGACAAUUGGGUCUUAAGAUACACUUUGAAACACUAAAAGAAAUAUCUGGUGGUGCUGUUGAGAAAAUUAGCCGGUGAUUUAACCAAUAGGUGACUUGCAAAUAUAAGAAUUGUCGCACAUGUUAAUUUGUGUUCGUGUUGUGAACGAAUUCGUACAAAGGCACUAAUCGAACUCCCCAGUCAAAUCAAAGUAAAAUUUGUAUGAGAAUCGGCCAUAAAGCGUAUAUGUAAACAAACAGUUGUUGUUACAUGAAGCUGCACGCUUAGCAAAAUGUUUUAGUUGUUUUAGUGGCAGAAAAAACUCCCUAGGCAUUUUGGAAGAAUACAGCAGAAUUGUUUGGCUUGGAUGAUUUAAAAUUCUGGUUUAUAUCGGCUUGACAAAAUCGUAUUAUCAAUCGGUUAGUGAGUAUCGUAUGUUUUAUUUAGAUAUGUAUAUAAAAAAAACUAAAAAUAAAUCCAAUAAAACAAUGUUCUUGAAGUAAAUA